AUGGCUACUGUAAGAAUCAGCUUCCGGCGCUCUCUCAAUGACUCGGCAUGGUAUGAUGGAGUCAUGGAAGAAGAAGAACAUCCGUCUUAUCCUGACGCUCGUGAUCGCAGAGCACGAGACCAGCGAGCGGACUUCAAGGCGAGCGCCGUCCUGCACUCUGUUGUGUUCUCUAGCAACAUCGAGCAGCGCAACCGACGUGACGAGGUGUGGCGGCCGACUGGUCUAGAAUCCAAAAAUCUCCGGGUCGCUGCAACCAGUCACCGCGAUGAGUCCCAGCAGCUCCCAAGGAGCUGUCGUUGCUCUCUUGUCCAAAAUCAACUAAGCUGGCUCCAAGGCGUACUCACUAUCCUGUUCGGGGUCUCGGUAUACGUGAUUUUGUUUCGAAGAGCGCGAACAAGAACCACUUAUGCCUUACUGGCGGUGAACAUCAUCCUCUAUGCAAUGUCUGUAAUCCAUUGGAUAGUUAACUCGGUGGUCAUCCUGGUUGUCGUCUCGGCGGGUAGGGCUGAAGAUGCGAUUAUCACAUGGUUUCCUACCAUCAAUCUCAAAUUUGUGGACAACGUCGGCGAUAGCGUGGCGAGCAUGGUUCGGCGCCACAGGCGUUUCAUCAAGUCCCAGCUCGGAGCAGGGACCGCUCGAAAAAACGCCGAGAAAAUACUCGGCCUGCUCAUAGAAUCGGGGACAAUAUAUUUCUGUAUUUGGUCACUGUACGUGGUGAUCUACUACAGCUUUCAAACCUCGACGUUUAUACCAGACACCAUUGUUGACCAACUCGUCAUGCAGGCAAACACUUACAACAUACCAGGGAGUCGGCAGGAGAGUAUAGAAGCAGCGGAGGAUAUAGAGGGAGAUGGCGCGGCGCUUCGUCAGCUACCCAGCGUAUAUCAGACCGUACUAUUCGACAGUUCACAGCACGGUGCCAUCUCGUGCCUUCGCUACUAUUGCCAGUGGACGGGUAGAGAGCGAUUUCGAGCGGAUGACCAUCAUCUAAAAGCGAUCAUGGACACGAUGAACACCACCAUUGCCAUCGGCAGUAGGUGCCGGUACCGUGUCUGCACGGGGCUUCAUCUCUCCGACCUGUGCAAGUUCUUCACAGAUCCAAAGAACAGGGCAUCGCAUGUUGAGAGCCACGUCGGUCAGAUGGCCGGCAACGGUCCUUCGGACGAAGAUGAACUCCUGUCUUAUACUGAAGCCUGUGAUUGGUCCAAUAGUGACCAUGGCUUAAGGUUUCGAAGACCACAAACAAAGGCCACCUAUGCCUUAUUGGCGGUAAACAUCAUCCUCUACGCAAUGUCUGUGAUCCACUGGAUAGUAAACUCGGUGGUCAUUCUGGGUGUCAUUUCUGUGGGUAGGGCUGAAGAUGUGAUUAUUGAGUGGUUUCCUACCAUCAAUCAUAUUCUCUGUGAGGCCAUCGUUGUAUGGCGAGCAUGGUUGAUCUGGGAGUGUAACGCAAAAAUCUGUAUCCCAUCCUUCAUCUGUCUUUUUGGUACACUAGCGAGUGUCGUGGUCGGCAUAGUUUUAGAGUUUAGCGGGUAUAUAUCCCUGGACUUGGCUCUUGGUCCUUUGAUGUGGGGCUUCCUUCUAGGCUCAAAUCUGUGGUCAACGUCGAUAAUUGCCUGGCGAGCGUGGCGACACAGGCAAUUCAUCAAAUCCCAGUUGGGAGCAGGAACUACUAGAACAAAUGUCGAGAAAAUACUCGGCCUGCUCAUAGAAUCGGGGACAAUAUAUUUCUGUAUUUGGGUGUGGAUAUAUUAUGGCCGCCAAAUCGCGUUGUACAUACCGCAAUCCAUGAUCAUCCAACUUGUCCUCGAAGAUUCUUUAGAACUACGGAAGCAUCACCGGUGUCUUGAAGACUUGUUGACGGAAUAUCAGCAAACUCGAUGUGGAAAGACUUGGUGGCCGACUGGUCUAGAAUCAAAAUUUCUCCAUGUCGCACUGUCACUGCAGCUUGCAAUCACAGACACACCAUGGCUUCUGUUGAUUCUCAAGUCUUCUUGUCUUCCUAGAUUUGAUUUCAACUCAACUGGCUCCAAGGUGCACUCAAUAUCCUCUUUGGUGUCUCUGUCUAUGUGGUUCUUAAACUUGGUGAUCACCCUGGGUAUUGUCCUGAUGGGUAUGGGUGAAGAGCUUAUUAUAGUAUGGUCUCCUACCAUCAAUAACUUUCCUUUAACCAAAGCAGACCUCUACACUAUAGCUAGUGUCAUGUUCAGUGUUGUUCUAGAGAUACAGGGAACUAUAUCCCUAGCACUUGUUUCUUUGCUCUGGGGCUUAUUCUAG